ACAGCAGCCCAACCAGGAGACGCCAAAUUAUCGUGGAAACUAGACAACACUCGCAGACUCGUCCUCUGAAGAUGGAAAAUCAAUAUAGCUCAGUGCUGAAGGAGGCAAAGAAGGCAGUUGAGAGUGAACCUCAAAGAGAGGACAUGCUGUGCAGAGCUGGUACAGGGUUUGGUGAACUGUGUGAAGAGGACAACAUUCCCACAAUGGAAAAUCAAUAUAGCUCAGUGCUGAAGGAGGCAAAGAAGGCAGUUGAGAGUGAACCUCAAAGAGAGGACAUGCUAAGCAGAGCUGGUACAGGGUUUGGUGAACUGUGUGAAGAGGACAACAUUCCCACAAUGGAAAAUCAAUAUAGCUCAGUGCUGAAGGAGGCAAAGAAGGCAGUUGAGAGUGAACCUCAAAGAGAGGACAUGCUGUGCAGAGCUGGUACAGGGUUUGGUGAACUGUGUGAAGAGGACAACAUUCCCACAAUGGAACAUCAAUAUAGCUCAGUGCUGAAGGAGGCAAUGAAGGCAGUUGAGAGUGAACCUCAAAGAGAGGACAUGCUAAGCAGAGCUGGUACAGGGUUUGGUGAACUGUGUGAAGAGGACAACAUUCCCACAUAUGAUGCUCUGCUGCAGAUGGAAGUUGAGAGGCUCCUAGUCAAGGAAAAUUCUAUAGCCACUGAAAAAUCCCUAAGAGACUCUGUGCAAAGUGAAACACCUGGAUCCAUUUCUAGCAUGUGGCGCAAAAAGCUCAGCAGGUUUAUUUUGCCUGAGUACAUUCUGGACUUUGGUUAUGUGAUUCACGGCACUGUAUCUACUCGCAUUGUCAAAGUGACAAACACUGGUCUUCUCCCAGUGACCUUCAGAGCUGAACGACAUUCUCUGGCAGGCACAGGAUUUAGCACAGAGCUGAACAGGGUGAAGAACCUGCCCUGCUGUGAGACAGAGACAUUUGAGGUGACGUUUGAUUCACGAGGUGCAAAUCUAGAGCUUGCAGAGAUGAGCACUGUCUUGCCUAUACAGGUGUUGGGAGGUCCUACAGUUCAAGUCCGUCUACUAGCAGUGGUCAUGAGGCCCUCCUUGACUGCCUCCACUAACAUGUUACAGUUUGAUAGUGUUCAGUGUGGCAUGUGCAAAGUGGCUACAUUGCAGCUGCACAACCCUGAGCCAGUGCCCUGUAAGUGGAGCAUUAAAGAGGAGGAGCAGCUCAAGAGGAAGGUGAAGACUGAAAAGCACAUCCCACUUCACCUGAGACAGGAUGCUCGCUUAGAGAAACUGAAUUCACUUAUCUUUGAAAUGUUGCCAUCUAGUGGUGUGCUGUAUCCUGGUGACAGGGUCAACAUCCAGGUCAAAUUCAGUCCAGCUGAAGGGAGAAUGUAUAAAGAGAGACUGGUGAUUGCAGUGGCCCAGAGCACCCAGCGGAUCCUACUGUUAGCCCAGGGUCAGGGAUUGGAGCCACAGCUGGAGUUUUCCACCUCAGAAAUUGAGCUGGGGCCUGUGCUGCCCUACAGCAAUGGAGAUGAGGUCGAGGUCCUGGUACGCAACCCUUGCCCUUUCCCCAUUGAGUUCUACUCCCUGGACUUUGACAGGCAGUAUCUGGAGGAAGAGAGGAUCCUGCGGUUGAUAAAAGGAUAUGAUGCACAUAAUAUAUUGCUGCUACCCCCUCGAGCCCCUGGCGAGCCUUUGCCUGCUGAACUCCUGGACUACUACCAAGAGCAUAGGUUUAGGAAACCUGAGCCAGCUGACUCCCGUAAAGAUGUCGAGUCUUCCGAUGCCAAGGAGAAGUUUGCAGGGCAAGAGGAUAACUUAUCAAAUGCUCCAGCUGGAGAGUGCCCUCUGGACGUGGGUGAGGCAGAUGCCACAUCUGUACUGUCCCAAUAUCGGGCAUCCACUGGUGCAGAUGUGGUCAAAGACAACAUCAGGACCAGCAGGGUGGGUGAUCUGGAGGUGAACCCUGUGUCUAGAGCCAUUGCUCACUACAUGGGCAUUGAUUUGUCACCAGCAGGCCAAGCUGUUCACAACUGCAAAGGCAUUGCCAUUGUAGUGCAUGGUGCUCCACUCUCAGGUAAGACUGCUUUGGCUGUGAGCUUGGCACGGUACUACAGUGCUGCGUGUUUGAACAUAGACUCAGUAGUGCAAGAGGCUGUGUCAUCUGGAACCAGCACUGCAAGCAAGCAGGCCAGAGAGCUGUUUGGAGCCACCAUUGAGUCUGUGCCAGGCACAGCAGAACAUACUGCCCCAGCUGUGUUAAAUGUGAUGACUGCGGCUUGUCAGGCUGAAGGCAUUCUCAGUGUUGAGGCAUUAGCCAAGCACACUUCUGAGAGUAUUCAGGACACUGACUCCAAAGACCCCACAUCCACUAUCUCAACAAACAAUAAGACCAGCUCUGUGGGAGCAAAGAAAAAUGAUGACUCUAAUCCCACUGCUACAGUGGCUGGUCCAACUCACAGGCUCCCUAAUGAGAAUGUGAGUCAGGUGGGUGAGCUGGGAGGCAUGAAUAGUUUACUGCCUGAUGAUCUCCUGGUAGAGAUUCUGUCAGAGAGACUACAGCUUAGCGACUGUGACCGAGGCGUCGUGAUUGAUGGCUUGGAAACAAUGUACUGCAGCUUUCCAAGCACUGUGCUCCAUGUCAUCUUCAAAGCUUUCAACAACCGCCAGCACAUCUAUGUUAUCAACCUCACCGACAGCUACUUUGAAUUCAGAUCCAGAGAGAGAGCUCAACUGGAGAUGACAGAGGCCUUACAAAGGGAACAGACUGAAAGAGAAAAGCUGCAUGUGCGGGAGAUGGAUGAGGAUGAGUAUGAUGCCCUUUGUGAGGAAAAGAAAGCAUAUGCAGACCUUGAGCACUUGGAGAUGCUGAAGGAACAUAUGUACAGCAAGCAAGAGAGUGAGCAGGAGAUGAGGCAUCAGGAGGAGAAGCUCAGAGAGGAGGAGGAGUUGAAGAAAAAAUACAAGAAGGGAAAAAAGGAAAUACUUACAGAGGAUUUAACAGAAAGGAGAAGUCACUUGAGAGUUGCCCAGCCUGUUGUAGAACUCCACUCUGACACUGGACUGGGAAAGCAGCCUAAAGGGGGUAGAAAGAUGUCUUCCUGCACAGAAGCCAAAGAUUCACUUUUAGAGGGGACCGGAGAACUUGAUGAAGGAGGCAAAAAGAAAGCCAAAGAUGGCAAAGACAGCAAGCCAACUGGCCAUGAUAAUUCUUUACUGCCACUGGAUGAACUGGAGAAUGAACUGAUAACCGAGGCCGAAAGGCAGUUGUUUUCCAGCUUCCAGCUAUACGAGCAGAGCCAACCACUGAUCCAGCACAUGCUGCAGAACUGGGAUAGGACUCAGGGCCUCCUGCUGAAUUCUCUUCCUUCAGAGGAUCAGCACCAGGGGCCUGAGGAAGCCUCAGAACAUCAUAAGCUACCCAGCAAGAGGGCCAAAAAGGAGCGGGAGAAGGAGAGGAUGAAAAUGGACACUGCUGAGCCUAAGCUGUUGUCUCCAACCCCCAGCCAGACUCACCUGUUGCCCAAUGGCACAGAGGGCUCAGAGAAUGACCUGGCAAUAGAGUUCAUCCCCCACACCUACAUUUCUAUCAGCAAAAAAGAGGAGGCAAGCAUAGACAAGCUUCUAGACAGCAUGAAGCUUCCAUCACGUGAUGAGGUUUUGGAUGGGUUAGGGCUUGGACCCGCAGGUCCACCUAUUCCUCCUCCCAUGCUGUUCUCAAUAGUCCCAUACCCCAAAAGGAGAGUGGUGUCCAGCUUUCAUCUUACUCCUGGCUGCUUCACCUUCUUAAUGCCCUCAUCUCUGGAAGACUCAGCUGAGGAGAAGCGGGAGAUUGACUUGGAGACAGAAGCCCUAAGCCCCACAGUGUCUGCAAAGCUUCAAGAUGCUUCCUGUAUGAAGAAAUUAAUCGGCUGCAGUAUUCAGGAGGAUGUUACAACCCUGAACAAAGGCAAAGGGAAAAAGGCCCCAGUGAAAGAGGAAUCAGCCAAAGGGACCACUAAAGACAAGCGGCGAGUUCCUGCAAAAAAAGGAAGCAAGAGCAUAGACUCUCAUUCAUCUCCAUUGAACACGGGCACCCCCUUAUCUGAAACUGACCACAGCAAGUCUCUUACAGAUUGUCUUACAGACCACAUCCAGAGGCUCACUCAUUUUCGCUGGGUUGUGCCGGCAAAUGGAGAAGUGACCCUGAAACUGUGGUUCCACUCAUCUGUGCCUGGUGAUUUUAAACAGACUCUGGGGUUUGAAGUGAUGGGGACCAAGCGCUGCUAUCAGCUCUACUGCAGAGGCAUCUGUGCUUUCCCAUCCAUCAGCAAAGACUAUAAGACAGUGUUUGCCCAUUGUAAAAAGGCCAUGCAGAAAGAGAAUGACUUACAGAAGACAUACAUCAUCCGCUCAUGCCUUUAUGACUUCGGGCCCCUGCUUUGUGGAAGAACUAGAGACAGGUCCAAGGAAAAGAAGUCCCCAGAAAACACAGAAAGACUAGUAAUACACAACAACUCCCCCAUGGAGGCAGAGGUUCAUUUCUGCCUCAACCGGGACACCAAAUCGACCACAUUCAUCCUGGACCCUCUGAGCAUGGUUCUUAAGCCCAAUGAGAGAAAGGAGCUCAGAGUAUGGGCAUACCCCACCACUCCAGGUCUUACAGAAGACAGUGUGGUGUGCUGUAUUAAGGACAACCCAGAACCUGGCAUCUUCUUCAUCUCUUGCAGAGGAGUCCGGCCAGAGCUGGAAGUGGAGCACAAGCAGCUUAAUUUUGAUAAGAUUUUCCUGGACAGGAGGGAGACACGCAGUCUGUGCUUGCGUAACCCCACUGCACUGCCAGUCGCCUGGAGGCUAGGUGGCCUUGAGGUGCUGGGUGAGGAGUUCAGCGUUUCCCAGGACCACGGCAUCAUCAUGGCGUACUCUGAGUUUUCCUUGUUCAUGCAUUUCCAAGCCAUAAAACCUAUUAGUCUGAAGAAAACCAUAAGAUUGGAGGUGUCAGAUGUGGAGAAUAUUCUUGGUGUUGUCCAUACAGAGAACAUUAAUAUUGUGGCAGAAGCGUAUGAUGUGGCCCUGGAAAUUACAUUUCCAAAAGGUAAAGACACCAGUCUGGACUUUGGCAUGAUCAAAGUAUCAGAAACACUGCCGUUAUCUGUUAACUUGAAAAACAAGGGCAAACAUGACAUUGCCUACAAGUUCAUCCUGGAGCCUACCGAGCCUGGAAUGCCUAAACUCAACUCACUCUUCACUAUUACACCUCAAAAAGGCUCUCUUCAUCCCACUGACCGGCACACAUGUGUCCAAGUCACCUUCUGCUACAACAAGGAGGUGUCUAUCAGACAACAGCCAAUUUUACACUGUCAGGUCAUUGAACCAAAUAUUGAUGAAGAUGGAGAAACCAUUAAGAUCAUACCCAUCAAAGUGUCUGUGCAGUGUCUCUAUUCCAAGUACAGCAUCCACCCUGAGAAUAACAUCAACUUUGGCUCAGUAGAGCAUGGUUCCCGCAGGACACAAACAAUUACUGUGGAGAAUAGGGGUGAAUUUGAGAUCUGUUUCACCAUCUCCAGAAUGUUUAAAGAUCUCCCAGUGUCUGAACAGAAGAAAGGUAUAGGCAAGAAAUCUUCCAGAGAGAACAACUCAGCAAGACGAUUAUCCUCCACCAUUAAAUUACGCCAGUCUGACUCUACCCAGAAGGACAAUAUUAGGGACACCAUACCUUCUCAGACACGUUUGCCUAUGGGGUUGUUCUCCUUGUCUCCAUGCUUUGGCAUCCUUCCACCUGGUGCCCAGCAGGUGGUAACUGUGGACUGUGUAGCAGAGCAGGUAGGCUGCUGGGAGGAGUGCCUGGUGGUGGACAUCACUGAUCGAGACCCUUUUGACAGCCCAGGAGGGAUUCUUUACAAGCUGCUAGCAGAGGUCUGCAUGCCAGGAAUAGCCCAUGAAGAUAUUGCUUCAAUCUUUGAAGAACACAGAUUGUGCAAGAACAGUAACAUGCUACAAUGUAAGCAUUAUCAAGAGGCUAUGGGCAUCUACAUCCAGGACGAGAACAAGUUUGUCUUCAACAAUGUGCUAGUUGGCCAGUCAGCCAAGGCCCGCUUCCGUCUUACUAACCCUGGAAAAAUAGCUUGUAAACUUAGUUUACAGGUGAAAGCUGUCCUCAACCAGAUGUCCAUACGUAGCUCUGAGGUGUUUGAACUGAGCCCUACUCGGAUGAGUAUCCCCAGUCACUCACAUGCCUUUGCUACAAUUACCUUCACUCCCCAGCACAUGCAGACCUACCUUGGAGUGUUUGAAGCCUCUCUAGAAAGGGCAGCCGGGAGCAAGGUGCUGGUGUUUGAUUUGCUGGGAGAGGGUAAUUUGCCCUGCAUAACUAUUCUAAAACCAAUCCAGAGGACUAAACAUGGACAGCCAGUCCUGCAGUUCAAGCGGCUGCUGGUAGACAAGAGACAAAUCCUCCCUCUGGUCAUCAAGAACAUUAGCAAUGUACCUGCACAGGUUAGCAUUGAUCUGCUUGACAAGAUGGGAGUCUUUGCUUUAAGGGCAGCUCCUGACACCUUAUGCAACCACAUCUCCUCUUCACACAUUGCAAGUGAGCCUGGAACAGAAGAAAGACAGAUGGCCCAUUUGGUUUCCCUGACUCUAAUGGCUGGACAGCAAGCGGAGUUUGCAGUGGAGUUUCAUCCGGAGCUACCUCAUAGUUUUGAGGCCACCAUGCAGCUGUUGGUAAAAGACAACCAGUAUGAAACGACACUGAUACAGCUCCUAGGAGAGGGCUACCGUGACAUAAUCUCUUUGGACCACAUCAGCAGCAAGGUUCCUCAGGACCAAGACAGCACAGAAGCCAGAUGUGACAUUGUGCACUUCGGAGACUGUCACGUGGGUCGUCUUUACCACAAGACUUUCACCAUGACUAACCACAGUAACUCAGUGGCUCUGCGCUUUCAGUGGCCUCAGGGUGAACCACAUCUGCAUUUCUCACCUCAGAUAGGCCAUCUCCAUGCCGAGUGCACCAAGGAGGUGACCGUAAGCUUCAGCUCAGAGCAACCCAUAGUGCUGAAUGCACAGGUAAUGAAGUGUAAACUCUACCAGAUAACCUUCCAGCAGCCUGUGGACCAAGUGCCAGACUGGGAUGACCGUCACCGGACUGUCAAGUGGGUGGAUGUGGAAAAGCCGCUCUCACCUCAGAGACCAGCCAAGAAAAAGGUGGUAGAGACUGAUCCGGAGCCUGUCCAUUCAGUGGUGGAAAACUCGGUUAGGGAGCUAGAACUGGGGAUUAGUGCCAUGUGUGAUUAUGCCAAGUUUGAGUGUGAUGCUGAACAUAUCCAUUUUAAAGACACCAUGCUCUUUCAGACCAGAAUCUUCCAAAUGCAGAUGGACAACAAAGGCACUGUGGAGCUUGAGUACUCCUGGCAGGUUGUGAUGGAGACCUUUGGGAAGACUCUUUGCUUUAAUCAUGGAGACAUGACCCCUAAUUCUGCCAAGGGAAGUCAGACAGUGCUGAGGCCAGCCAGCAAUUUGAGGAGUUUGUCCACUCUGCUGUUAGGAGAUCCAGAACUUCCUCCCUUCACUGUGGAGCCCAGUAUGGGGCUUAUCCUGCCUGGAACAAACCAGAUAUUUCAUGUCCGCUUCUCCCCUCUAGAAGUAGCCCAAUAUGAGGCCAGGCUAGUCUGCAGCAUUCCCAAUCUGAAGGACAAACAGAGUCCUGUGAUAGCAGUGAACGGACGCAGUAUGAUGCCUUACUGCCAUUUCCACCUGGAAGACUCAGGAUACCUCACUGAUAACAAACAGAACCUUGAGCUCCCUGGCCCCCAGGGGUCCACACCCAGGGCCAUCCUGGAUCCCAACACCAAAGUUAUAGAAUUCACAUCCACAGGGGUCGGCACAUCUAUCUGCAGGACCUUCAGUGUUGUAAAUCCCACCAACAAGCCAUACUCAUUGUUGUGGAGAUGUGAAGACUCUGAGCUUAAACCCUUCACCUGCCUUACACCAAAGGACUUCAUUCAACCUGGCAAGACGGUGGAGGUCUCAUUUAAAUAUCAUGCCCAAGAGCUGGAUUUUGUGGAAUCCUUCUGGACCUUCUUAAUCCCAGAGCACAAGUUCUCUGUGCCCUUCCUGCUGGUGGGCAUAGCGAAAGAUCCAGUGGUGUACAUUGAUCAUGCUCAUCUUAAUCUAGGCAGCCUACUUAUAGGUCGUAAGGUCCAUAAAAUUGUGUAUGUGGUGAACGAAGAAGACCAACCUUUCCACUUUGUCAUUGAGGAGGUCUCUCGGCACUCAAAGUCUUUCAAAGACAGCCUGAUACUGAAGCCCAUGCAAGGGACAAUACCCCCCAGAGACAAGUUCCCAGUGGCCAUAUCUUUCACACCUACACAGGAGGGUAUGGUGACAUUUAACCUGCGCAUGGUGAUCAGAGGAAAAAUUCAGCCACUCACUAUGAACGUGAAAGGGGAUGGCUACAACAUGAAUGUCUGUGUCCAAUAUGAGAGUCCAGAAGGGGCCAUGACUGAACUCUCUGCUGCUGAUAGUCAUCUUGUGGACUUCAAACAGGUGGAGCUGAGUAGUAAGUCCACGUGUGCCUUUGUGGUGUCCAACCCUGGGAGAUUCAAUGUGGAUGUGCAGUAUGAGAUAACAGGACCUGAAGAGCUGCAUUGCCACCUGCAGGUGGAGUCCACAAAAGCUGUAGUGUUAGUGGGAAAACAGAAUCGUUGCAUCCUCAGCUUCUUCCCCCUGAAGAAGUGUGACCUCAAAGAUAUGGGCUUCUUAAUCAAGGUAAAGGACGGCCCUGUUUUCCGUUGCAGACUGCUGGGUUCUACCACCAGCCUGGGCCUGGAGUUUUCUUUCCUCAAGUACAACUUUGGAAAGAACUUCAUUUACUCUGCUGGCAUGGUGCCUGCCACAUGCAUACUGCUUAUCAGCAACAAAGGGGAUAGAGGAAUCAGUGUGGACUGUUUAUUCUCCAACACCCCUUUUCUGGAAGUGAGCUUCAUACCUGAUGUGCUGCCCCCUGGUGGUAGCAUGGAGGUGCCUUUCAGGUUCUACCCAAGAGAAGCAAUGCCCUACCAUGAAAAGGUGGUCUUUGAGAUAAAUGAGUAUUCCAUGCAGGUAGUGGAGAUCAUGGGGCAAGGAAUUGAGAUGAAGAUUGACGUAGAGGAUCCAAAAUUAAAGACAGUGAAGCUUGGAACUCUACAGGUGGGUGAGAGGAGCAAGAAGCUCAUCCCCCUGAUAAACAACAGUCUGUCUUCCUUGACCUUCUCUCUCUUCUUCAAACCCUCUGCACAGACUCUACUGAACUCUAAGGUCCUGUCAGUGAAUCCAAGUAGGAAGCUGACGCUGAAGGGUGGGGGGGGGAAGUGUGUGGUGGAGGUGCUCUUCAGCCCUCAGCAACGCAUGGCCCCAUUCAGCGAGGAGGUGCAGCUGAAGUGUUUGGGCACCAUACGUCCCCUACUGGUGCUGAAAGGCUGCUGCCAGGGUGUGGAGGUCACACUGGACCAGAACUACUUGUCCUUUGGAGCAGUGGCCCAGCACUGCCAAGCCACACGUCAUAUUAUGCUGCAAAAUACAGGAGAUAUUGGGGCUAGGUUCAAGUGGGAUGUAAAGGCUUUUGCUCCAGACUUCAGUAUCUGCCCUGCUGAAGGUUACAUUUGCCCAGGAAUGGAGGUGCCUUUGGUGGUGACCUUUGCUCCUGAUGAGGUCAAGCAGGAGCUGUGCUAUGAUAACCUUUUCUGCUCUAUAGAGGGGGGCAAGCCUGUAACCCUCACCCUUGCUGGCUCCUGCGUUGUUCUCCCAGUAGCCAAUCAGGUGCUGAAUUUUGUGUGUCAGGUCCGUAGUCAGUGCACUCAGUCUGUGACUCUGUCUAAUAAUACUAACCAGCGCUGGUGCCUGAAGCCUGUGAUUGAGGGUGAAUAUUGGAGUGCUUUACUCUCCCUCGUCAUUGAGCCAUACCAGCAAAAUAAAGCCUACGAGAUCACCUAUAAGCCCAUGGUCAUGACCACGGAUGGUAAAAAGCACCUGGGCUCCAUGUUUUUCUCUUUCCCCGAUGGUUCAGGCAUGCUGUACACCCUACAGGGCACAGCAGAGCCACCUAAAGCCGUGAGCACAAUCAGCCAUGAAGUACCUUGCAAGACAUCCUACACAGAGAUUGUCCCUGUUCAUAACUGGUUGUCCAAACCUCAGAGAUUCCAUGCUAUAGUGGAGAUGAUUAAACCCGAACGUCCUGACAGCACGAUCUCACUGAAGGGGCUUGAUUAUGUGGAUGUGUCGGCGUUGACCAAACGGAACUACAAAAUCUCCUUCUUCAGCUACAAGGAGUGCCAAUGCAAUGCCAAACUAACCUUUAAAAAUGAGGCCACGGGGGAAUACCAGUUCUACUAUCUCAACUUCAAGGCUACACCUCCAGGAGUGAUCAGGACAAUUGAGAUGGUUACAGUGGUUAGGCAGAUGACUUCAGACUGUGUGAACUUGGAAAAUCCUUUACCCACCAACCUGUUGUUCACAACUGAGUGCCGCAAUACGGAUGUCAACGUGCAAUCUCAGUUCUCAGUGCCUGCACUCUCUACGGAAACCGUGAGGUUUGAGUACCAGCCUCUGCGUUCAGGUGAAACUACAGCACGGCUCAUGCUGCAUAACAAUGAACUGGGUUAUUUCAACUAUGAGCUUUUGCUCCGUGCGCUUCCUGCUCCUCCUGAGAAACCCCUUUACUUCAGAGCACCACUGGGCAGUGGUCAAUACCUCACUGCCAGGUUCACCAGCUAUUCCCGUGUCAAGGCUGAGUACACCUGCAAGACAGACAGUCCGGACUUUAUUGUGGAAAAGAAUUUAAUGAUGGUGGCGGCGAGCUCCCAAGCAGGGACAGAUGUCAGUGUGGAGGUCUAUUUUGAGCCCUGUCAGUUAGGUGAGGUGCGGGGCCUAUUGACACUAUCAUCCAGCACUGGAGGGGAUUAUGUGUUCCCUCUGUAUGGAACAUGCACACCUCCCAAAGCCCAGGGCCCCUUUGCCAUCCGUGCUGGUUCCAACAUCUCCAUCCCCUUCAAGAAUGUCUUCAUGGAGACCACAGCCUUUUCUUGCCAAGUGGACAACCCAGCCUUCACCUUCAAGGGCAUGGACACCAUUCGCUCAAAGAAGACUCACCAAAUCAUUGUGAGCUUUGAGAGCCCACAGCCAGGCUCCAAGACCCCCUGCACUGGAAAACUUAUCAUCUCAAGUCCACGCAUAGAGGGCCAUGGCACAGGCCUCUCCUGGGUAUAUUAUCUGAAAGGCAUCUCCCCAGAGAAGCCUCAGAGAGAGAAGAUGUCAUAAAGUGCUGCCAAGGUCCAAAGAACAAAUCUUACGUGUGUUUAUCUUAAAAAUCACAUCCAACUGUAGUUUUCAAUUAAAUAAACAUUUUAGCAAUGGUCACUUUUUGCCUUGUACAGUUGUUUCAAACCCAGACAAAAGCAAAUAAUUUUACCUACAGUAAUAUA